AUGGCCGACGCACCGAAAGAGGCAACAAAUGCUAUUGGCUUGGAAGAAAUCUGUACAGCAAGACAAGAUCCCCCAAAAGGGCAGAAGACGUUUACAGUGGAAGAAGCUGUGGAAACCAUUGGGUUUGGGAGGUUCCACAUAGCACUUUUCCUCAUUAUGGGAAGCACUGGUGUGGCUGAAGCCAUGGAGAUCAUGCUAAUAGCUGUUGUUUCCCCUCUCAUCCGAUGCGAGUGGCAUCUUCAAGACUGGCAGGUGGCUUUAGUGACAACGAUGGUGUUUUUCGGCUACAUGGUCUUCAGCAUUGUCCUUGGGCUCCUGGCUGACAGGUACGGCCGCUGGAAGAUUCUGCUGCUCUCCUUCCUCUGGGGGGCCUAUUUCUCCCUGCUGACCUCGUUUUCCCCAUCCUACAUCUGGUUUGUGUUCCUGAGGACCAUGGUAGGCGGUGGCGUGUCGGGUCACGCACAAGGGCUUAUCAUAAAAACAGAAUUUUUGCCUACCAAAUAUCGAGGAUACAUGUUGCCCUUAUCUCAGGUGUUUUGGUUGGCAGGCUCCUUGUUAAUCAUUGGCCUGGCAUCAGUGGUCAACCCAACCAUCGGCUGGCGGUGGCUGGUCAGAAUUGCCUCCAUUCCUGGCAUCGUCCUCAUCCUGGUGUUCAAGUUCAUCCCAGAGUCUGCUCGGUACAACGUGUCCACGGGAAAUGACGAGGCUGCCCUGGCCACGCUGCGGAGGAUCGCCAAGAUGAACCGCGCGGCAAUGCCCGAAGGGGUCCUGAGGGAGCCAGCAAAUGAAAGAAGAGGAAGAUUCAAGGACCUCAUACACCCCAAAUACUUAAGAACCACUCUGCAAAUAUGGAUCAUAUGGCUUGGCAUCGCUUUUGCUUAUGAUGGUGUUAUCUUGGCCAGCGCUGAAUUAUUGGAACAGGAUCUAGUCUGUGGUUCUCCAACACCAGCAGGGGAGGAAGCUGGAGAUGGCUCCGAGGAGAGCCGGAGCCCAUGUCACUGUCGCUUAUUCGGCCCUUCUGCUUACCAGACCAUGAUCAUCAGCACAGUCGGAGAGAUUGCAUUAAAUCCCUUGAACACUCUAGGCAUCAAUUUCCUUGGGAGACGCCUGAGCCUGUGUAUAACCAUGGCAUGUACAGCGCUAUUUUUUCUUCUCCUCAAUAUCUGCACUUCAAGCGCGGGCAUGACUGGAUUUCUCUUCAUGUUACGUGCCUUGGUUUCAGCAAACUUCAACACCAUAUACAUUUACACGGCAGAGGUUUACCCCACCACAAUGCGAGCCCUGGGGAUGGGAACAAGUGGGUCCUUGUGCCGUGUUGGAGCUAUGGUGGCCCCAUUUAUAUCACAACUUCAUAUGAGUGCUUCUUUCAUUGGGGCCCUGUGUCUUUUCGCAUCUGUGUGCAUCGUGUGUGCAAUCUCUGCGUUCACGUUGCCCAUUGAGACCAAGGGCAGGGCACUGCAGCAAGUUAAAUGAAAGCAAGUGUUUGAUGUUGGAUUGGUUAGGAAAAGAGAGAGAAACCUCUGGAAUCUGUCAUUUCCUGUGAGCUGCAUUUGAUGUUGACUGCUUCUCCAUACCAUUUCCAUUAUAAUAAAUUGCAACCGACCAGUGUAAGAACUACGAUUCGUAUAGACAAAUACCAAUUUUCUCAAAUAUGUACUCUUUCCUACGAUUCAAUAAAAAGAUACCUUCUACCCAUCCCAUGCAGAGAGAUGAAGACUUUUUACUACACUCAUUACUAGUGCCAUUAUUACUGCCAUGCCACAAAAAAAAUGUGGAAAAAUGACAGCCAUAAAAGUAAGUGUUCUAUACAAAGAUUAGCUUACUUGCAGAGUAAAAUCAGUAUUGAUUACCAUCCUUAUUUGCUUCAGCGGAUUGAGGCAGAGGGGAAAAAAUAUAAUGCACCAAGUAGAUAGUCUUUGCCAUAGCAGGUUGAACAAAUGCAAUACUCCCCUAGGAAAACAAAAUAGCAUUCCUCAAAUAUUUAUGCAUAUAUCAUCUUCAUUAUAGCAAGUCAAUUUAACAUAUCAAGCCCCAUUACAUAGGCAAUUUCUGAAGGUUCUUAGGGUGACAUUCAAGACUAGAAGACUAAAGUUGAGUUAGAUUUUUCCAUUGAAUUAACAGAAUUCUCAGUCAAUUUGCUGAAAAACUGCCUUGCCUUCAUGCUCACUCACCCACACAGUUCGAUGGUAGCACACAGAUCAGCCUCUCAGGAGGCAGCUGGCAAGCAGGGGUUACUGAAACUUGAAGUCUCUUGGCAACCUGCCCAAUGGUUUUCUGUAUGAAGGCAUUCUAGGCCUCACAGCAGCUGUGGCAGGCUGAUAUAGUCAAAGCCAUCCCUGACCCAUCCCCUGUAUAAACCAGUAAGCCAGAAUGAAGCAUAGAAAUUGCGAGCUCAUCUGGACAUUCAGAUCUAGUACUGAUGGACUAAAUGGCCAGCCUGUCUGGCUCUACAGCUAACGCAAGAGGUCUGCCAGCUGGAUAGCUGGUGAGCCAUAUGAUUGACUUUUUGGAGAACUGUCACCUGCACUGCUUGUUGCAGCUGCUUCCUCCAAGCUGAUAAAUGCCAAGAAUAACAAUCUCAGUUUGAAUUUCAGAGUAACUUUUUUUUUUUUUUUUGAAAUUUUUUCCCAUGAAAACACAUCUGGAGAGUGAAGAAAAGGGGGAACGGACUGAGGUAUUUCCUAAUCUUUCUUCCCAUCUCCAUCUUGAACUAUAGUACUGUAGGUUCUACAAACUGUUCCAGCACUAAAAGAGAAAAACUUGAAUGAAAAGAUGACUAUGGGAGGGGGCGGGGGGAGAAAAAUCACUCUUACAGCUCACCUGUAUUUCUCACUGAAACAUGCCUGCAGUUCUAAAAUAAUCUCUUCUGACUGGUUAAAGUGUUGGCUGCAUAAUUUCAAAAAGUUUUUUUUUUUUUUUUAAGUGAGAAUCAAAAGCAGACAGAAGUAACUGGACUGCAAGAAUAUAUCUCUACCCCUCUCCCUAGUAUUUUUCAUUGUAAGGACAGGGUCAGAGUGAAGGUAUAGAAGUGCCUAACUUCACCUCCAAAUGCAUUAAGCCUCCUAACAAAUCUGUGCCUGCAACUUACGGCCCACAGUAACGCUCAGCACCUUCCCCUGGCAGCACAGCUACAUUUGGUGACAGGGUAUCUAGGACUUUCAGGCAUUGCUAGAUUUUUCAGACUUCAAGUGCUGCAAUGGCUAUGCCUCUUAUUUCUCAUCUCUGCUCCUGUAGCAUGCGCUAAUCACACUUGUUUUGUGAGAAUGCCCUC